CAGAAAUCAGCUCUCAACCAAGCCGCUGCUGGCAACAAGAAUGGUCGUCGCAGGCGGAAUCUAAAAGCAACUCGCAACGGAGCCGCUGCUAGCAACGCAAACGAAGACAGGCUCAGCAAUCUGCCCAAUGACCUUCUGCUCAACAUUCUGGAGAGGGUGGACACGCUCGAUGCUAUUAGGACCUGCAUCCUCUCCAGGCAAAUGCUGAAGGUCCCCACCAUGCUCUCACGCCUCUACCUAACUCUCAGCCUCAAGGGAGUGCUCCGAACCAACCAUGCUGUGGCUUAUGUAACUGAUAACAUCUUGAGCACAAGGAGCCCGGAGGUUACCAUCAGCGAACUCAAAAUCAGAUUUCUCUUGUUGCCCAAUGACUCUCUAAUCAUUGGCAGAUCUGUUGCCCGUGCCAUGGCAACCCAGAAGGUUGCCGCAGCUGAGUUUGAGAUUGUAACGAAGAAGCGUUAUAGCCUCUGCUCUUCUGCUGACCUCCUCCAGUUUGGGAAGCAGUUCAAUGAUUUAUUUGGUGCUUGUCCGCAUGCGUUUGCUGGCCUUACGAGCCUGUGGCUGCAAAAUAUGAGGUUUGGUGAACUGGACAUUCCCAACAUCCUCAGCACUUGCAAGCUCUUGGAGUAUUUGCGUUUAUCCCAUUGCGACUCAGGGGUCCAUGCUGUGCUGCAAGUAGAACACGAUCAACUUGUUGAGCUCGAGGUCGACCAGGGGAAAUUUGAGAGAGUUGAACUGAUAUGUAUUGGCAGGUUCAGUGGGUCACUUGCAUUGACAAUCGAUUGUGUGUACAUGUGUGUUACCAUAUGAUCCACCAUUUUGUAUUUCUCAUGGAAGGAUAUGCUUGUGGUCCGGAAGGGUUUGGUUCACGGGGUUUGACCGUCAAAUCAAAGGUUCAUGUAGUCCUCGAGAGUUGCUGGGAAGAAGAUGGGUACUGAUUUACACAACGAUCGGUUCGAUCCAAAUUUCUGAGCUCAUACCAAAAUAUUUCUUUUACAACUUGCGUCGUGUAUAUUGGGACUCGAUUGUGAUCUAUAUCAGGUGAGUAAAUCAUGCUCGGUACUAUAAUUAUGUUGUAAAUUAAUGAAAGAUGACGAUGUUUUAAUUAUCGAGGUUAUACACCUGUAUAGCUACUGAUUGUGUAUUCUUAUGUUCGCUAAAACUGUUUCUGCUGUUUAGUUCGUCUAACCAAAUUUGUAGGGACAUAAAAACAUAGAUUGAUAUGCGAUAUUGUACUGAUUACAAACACAGCAUCAGCAUGGCAGAUUGUUAUGCUAAUUUAUCUCCUCCCCCCAUUUCUUUUGAUUUAAUCCCUGGAAUCCAUUGUUGUUUCUACAUAUUAUCUAAGCCCAUUGCCUAUAUUUUUUAUUUUCAUGUUCAUUGAUAUGCGAUAUUGUACUGAUUAGAAAAACAACAUCAGCAUGUCAGGCCAUCAUAUGAGAAAUAUAAGAUAACAAAACAGUCUAUUACUUCUCUUCGAUUGCACAUGGACAGUUUGAUUUUGAGGUGCAUGUGUAGUUUCAGUUAUGACAUAAUUUUGGUUGACUGUAGAAUUAGUCCUGAUGAACUAUCGGGUUCUUAGUUCAGUUAAAAAGAACACGCAAUGUUGCUGAUCUCGGCCAUGUCAAGGUCUGUGCAUUGACAUGCAUGCGGUGAAUUGUUGCUAUCGGGUUGUAUGUCGUAGAAGCCAUCUUCUAUUCUGUCUUGUGCUUGGUUUUGCUACAGGAUUUGGCGACGGCCUUCAUCAAGGUCCUCGGCAACCCCAAGGCGAGCAAGCAGGUGUACAACAUCUCCGGCAGCAAGUAUGUCACCUUCGACGGGAUAGCACGGGCAUGCGCAAAGGCUGGAGGGUUCCCUGAGCCGGAGAUCAUCCACUACAACCCCAAGGACUUCGAUUUCGGCAAGAAGAAGGCCUUCCCCUUCAGAGACCAGGAGGCAGAGACAGUCUUCGAGCGGCGGGGCGGAGGCCGCGGUCGGCGCGGACGGCGUGGUGGCGGCCGGGGAGGAAGUCCUGCCGGAGAUGGAGGGGGAGAGGACCUUAAGAUGAGUGAUGAACAUACGUCGAGCUGUCCAAUGUUGCCUGUGGCAGCAAUACCAGAGAAAAGGAUCCAAGAGUGGGGCAUCGGCUACUUGCAGUGCUUGCCGUGGUGCAGGAAUGAGGAUGAUAACAAGACAGAUAGGACCUGGCAUGAUCCAACAGAUGAAUACUGUUUGCCCUGAAUGCAGAGGAUCAGGCGAGAUGAUAAGUGACAAGGAUAGAUGCCCAAGUUGCAGAGGCAACAAAGUAACCCAGGAGAAAAAGGUCUUGGAGGUUCAUGUGGAGAAGGGAAUGCAACAUGGCCAAAAGAUCGUAUUCCAGGGUGAAGCUGAUGAAGCUCCUGAUACAGUAACAGGAGACAUAGUUGUUGUCUUGCAACUUAAAGAGCACCCAAAAUUCAAGAGGAAGUCGGAUGACCUGUUCGUUGAGCAUGCGAUCUCUCUGACUGAGGCUCUCUGUGGCUUCCAGUUUGUUCUGACCCAUCUUGAUGGUCGACAGCUUCUGAUCAAAUCCAAUCCUGGGGAGAUCAUAAAGCCUGGUCAGCACAAGGCCAUAAAUGACGAGGGCAUGCCUCGGCAUGGCCGGCCUUUCAUGAAGGGUCGCCUGUUCGUCGAGUUCAGCGUGGAGUUCCCUGAGCCUGGAGUACUGACCCCUAGCCAAUGCAAGUCACUUGAGAAGAUCCUGCCGCCAAGACCAGGGAGCCAGUCGUCGGACAUGGACGUGGAUCAGUGUGAAGAGACGACCAUGCACGACGUGAACAUAGAAGAGGAGAUGAGACGCAGGCAGCAUCAAAGGCGGCAAGAAGCAUACGAUGAAGAAGAUGAGGAUGAAGGCGGUGCGCCAAGGGGGGUGCAGUGCGCCCAGCAGUAAGAAACAAGGAUGUCGGUCAACAACAUUCUACUAUUGCUCCUUUCCCGUUUAAUUAAAGUACUCCUAGCUGAUCUGAUGCGUGGUAUUAUUAUUGUUGGCGUCCUAAGAUUAUGAGGUUGUUAGCCAUAAGUAUCAUUCAUCCUUUUGUUGGGCCUAUUGCCUGCUGUGUCGUGUACCGUUAUUAUUUUGGAGCCCAUACUUUGAUAUUUCAGACUUGGUUGGGUGAAUUCGUUUGUGUGUGUGCUGGUGCUGCAUUAUUAUUAUUAUUUGUAA